AUGCCCUACUCUCAAAUUGGAGACCGCUCCCAGCCUGUGAAUCACGUUAAAGACGAUAUCUGCGAUUAUAUUGACCAGCCGCUCGACUUGAAUCAGGAAAAUAUCCGUCUAUUUGAGCAGCAGCAGCACUUCCAGCACCAACAGCAAAUGCCCAUGAACUUCCACUCUGCUGGAACUCCAGCGUUCAAUAUGACUCCGAAUGGAAUGCAGUGGCAGAGCGUGAAUCAGGGACUGCCUGGCAACAACAUACACGGCGGGCCGUACAUGAACAAUAUGCACCCAGCAAUGGCUCCAGUAAGCCAUGGACCUCAUGAAGAUGGCGCUUUUUUCAGAAGUGGCUCGGUUGGAUCUAAUAUAGAAAAAGACCUGAAUUCGUCAUACCAGCAGCAGUGGGGAAGUGUCAACGUUGGCGUUGGCGGAGGCAACCAUACAGAUCUGUCGUUGCAGUCUUCUCCUCCGGGAGACAGUGAGGUGAAGGUUGGAGAUCAGGUGAAGUCAAGAAGAUCGAAGAGCCGGAUCUUGAGUGAUCAGGAAGAGGCGCUUUUGGCGAAAGAUGAUAAGGAGUUGACGGAGGAAGAACUCAAAAUCAAGAAGAAGGCUCACAACAGGCUUGCGCAGCGUGCUUUCCGCGAGCGUAAACGUACAGAGCUCAAGGACCUUGAGACAAAGUUGUUGCAGAGCGAAGAAGAGAGACACAAGCUUGUGCGAGCGCUUCAGGAUAUCAAGCUGUCGUACGCGUCGGUACCUUCAGAAGAUAGUCUCCUACGUAAUGAGGUGCACAGCGCUGCCGACUCUCACUUCUCAUUUCCUGGCUCUCAGGAUGAGUUCAUUGAUCAGAUGGUGGAUCGAAAAAAACACAAUGUCAAUCCUGCUACGGUGAAUAAAGUGUACGAUGAGCCAGAGAAGCCAGGCAACAAGGUAUUGGCGGUUGGCGCCGUGUGGGACUUUUUACAGAUUAAAGCUGAGGAGGAUGGGUAUGAAGGUAUAGAUAUGUUUGAUGUGAUGCAGACAUUGAGGGGCAAAGAGACCUGUCAUGGGUAUGGGCCCGCGUACAAGCUCGACUACGUGAUGGAAGCGCUUGAGAAAGUAAGGAGAGAAGUGCACGGAGAAUAG